AUGUCGUUAUACUGGCCUGAUAACUCGGUUUCUCGUUCUAGCCGCAAUAAUAAUUGGUUCCCACCUCUUGAUCUUCACGAAACCGAAAAAGAAUUUGUUUUGAAUGCCGAAUUACCGGGCGUUACCAAAGAACAAGUUAAUGUCGAUGUUCGUGAAGACACACUUAUUAUUUCCGGUGAAACCAAGAAAAAUGAAAAGUAUAAAGAAGGAAAUACACACGUUCAAGAACGUCGUUAUGGAAGUUUCACUCGUGCAGUCUCCCUUCCUCGAAACGUUAAAGUUAAUGAUAUCGCUGCUAGAUUUGAAAAUGGUAUUCUUGAAGUGAAACUUCCAAAGGAUGAGAAGGCAACUGGAAGAAAGAUUACGAUUCAAUAA